AAACUCAGCUGGCCGACGUCACUGCAUCGUAAACACCAGUGUUUCCGUCGGGUUUCAGUAUUUUCUUCCAUCCACAGAAUCUAGGCGACCUUUCUUUACCUAACGCUAGCUGAGAACAGUACCAAGAUGAGUAGUGAAACAUACCCCAGGUCUUCUAUUGAAGACGACUUCAACUAUGGCACGAAUGUUGCUACAGCCAGUGUCCAGAUACGUAUGGACUUCCUCAGGAAGGUGUACACCCUGCUGAGCUUGCAGAUCAUUCUGACCACAGCCACCUCUGCCCUCUUCAUGUUCUCUCAAACCAUCAAGGAGUUUGUCCACGCCAGUCCUGCUCUGGUUUUGGUUUCUGCUCUGGGCUCUCUGGUUCUUCUGCUGGCCCUGGCUGUGUACAGACACCAACAUCCAGUCAACCUCUACCUGCUGCUCGUAUUUACUUUGCUGGAAGCGAUUUCUGUGGCCACAGCUUUGACCUUCUAUGAAUACUCCACUGUACUGCAAGCCUUGUUCCUAACCUGUGCUGUGUUUGCUGGACUGACAGUCUACACCUUCCAGUCCAAGAGAGACUUCAGCAAAAUGGGAGCAGGGCUGUUUGCCUGCCUGUGGAUCCUCCUCAUUGCAAGCUUCAUGAGGCUCUUCUUCAACAGUGACAGCACAGAGCUGGUCAUGGCUGGAGCCGGGGCUCUGGUCUUCUGUGGCUUCAUCAUCUACGACACCCACCUGCUGAUGAAGCAGCUCUCUCCUGAGGAGCACAUCCUGGCCUCCAUCAACCUCUACCUGGACAUUGUCAACCUCUUCCUACACAUCCUGCGUGUCCUGGAUUCUAUGAAGAAGCACUGAAAGCUGUAGGGCCACUUUAAACUCCGCUCAGUGGAAACACACAGAUAUGCCUGUGCUGUGAUUACCCAGUAUCCAUGUGAGUGUCUGUCCUGAAGUUUACCAAAACUUUAAUUUUAGAUAGGUUGUACCGAAUGUCUUUUUUUUUUCUUCUUUUUUUUAACCUUCCAAGCUUCUAUUGAGGUUUUCAAUUGAAGUUUUGAAUGUUUGUCGCCAUAUUUUAGGACGUCAUCGCACCU